CAGUCCUUCACCUUGCGGAAUUACUUCAUCCAUGGCUUGGCUCCAUAGUCGUCGUCGUCAUGGCCUCUCUGUUCUGCAAUUUCCUUCUUCCGAUUGCCACUUGUUUAUCGUUAUAAAAUCAAUCAACUUCCAGUCCUAGAAAACGCACAUACCGAUUGUGAAAGAAGAUUGUGGAUCUUCGAAGCGGUGCCUUUAAGCAGAUCUUUCCUUUGAAUUCAUUUAUUCCAUAUCAUUUGGCCUUUUAAUUUCUCGAGUAAUCGGGAUGUUGGAGAAGAUCGGAUUGCCGGCCAGGCCAUCGCUGCGAGGGAACAAUUGGGUGGUCGAUGCUUCUCAUUGUCAAGGAUGUUCCUCUCAGUUCACCUUCAUCAAUCGCAAGCAUCAUUGUCGGAGGUGCGGGGGAAUAUUUUGCAAUAGUUGCACGCAGCAGAGAAUGGUUUUACGUGGGCAAGGUGAUUCGCCCGUGCGCAUAUGUGAACCUUGCAAAAAGCUAGAAGAAGCUGCAAGGUUUGAGCUUCGGCAUGGACACAAAAGCAGAACUGGAAGAGGUAGCUCGAAGUUGACAAAGCCUGCGGAUGACAUUUUAGCCAAGAUUCUAGGUAGUGAUAGAAAGGAAUCAUCAUCUUCAGUGCAAGAAUCAAAUGCCAAUAAUAUUUUUACUAUUGGGAGGACUAGCAGUGGUGUACAGAGUUCAAAUACUCAAGAGUUAAACCUUGAUGGGGAAGGAGAAGCAUCCGGUAGUUUUACUAAUCAUCUGGAGAAUAAUAUGGAAUCUAGUAGUCCAGAGCAAUUGCGCCAGCAGGCUACAGAUGAAAAAAAGAAAUAUAAAGUUCUUAAAGGAGAAGGUAAAUCUGAGGAAGCAUUAAAAGCUUUUAAGAGAGGAAAAGAACUCGAGCAGAAGGCUGAGGCUUUGGAAAUUUCCAUGAGAAGAAGCCGAAGAAAAGCUUUAACUUCUGGUAAUAUCGGUGAAGACCAAGAUCUAAGUGGUUCUAAAGAAUCUGGUAGGAAAAUGAUGCCUAGGCCAGAAAGUAGUAAUGAAAAGCAUGACCUUAAUGCUGAACUCAGAGAACUUGGAUGGUCUGAUAUGGAUCUUCAUGACGAGGAUAAAAAACCAGCGACAAUGAGUUUAGAGGGUGAACUAUCUUCUCUUCUUGGGGAAGUUGUACAAAAGAGCGACAAAGCUAAGAGUGUCCAUAGCAUUGAUAAUACCCAGGUUGUUGCUCAUAAAAGAAAAGCUUUAAUGUUGAAACGGGAAGGCAAACUAGCAGAGGCCAAGGAGGAACUUAAGAAAGCUAAAGUCCUAGAAAAGCAGCUUGAAGAGCAAGAACUCUUGGCUGGGGCUGAGGAGGAGUCAGAUGACGAGCUAUCUGCAUUGGUGCGUAGUUUGGAUGAUAAUAAACACAAAGAUAUUUCAUUUCAAUACAAGGAAAAUCUUGAUUUCAAUCUUGAAAACCUUUUAGGUGCUGCUAAUAAUUUCAUGUCUGACAAUAACUUUGAAGUGACUGAUGAGGACAUGGAAGAUCCAGAAAUUUCUGCUGCCUUAGAAACAUUAGGAUGGACUGAGGAUUCGAAUAACAUUAAAAGCAUUCAGCCCCAACCCUUGUCUGUUUCCAGGGAAUCGAUAAAUAGUGAAAUAAUUUCCUUGAAAAGAGAGGCUCUCAAUCAAAAGCGUUUAGGUAAUACUGCAGUGGCUAUGGAACAGCUUAAGAAAGCCAAGAUGCUUGAGAGAGACCUCGAAAACUUUAGCUCUCAAGAUGAUAGCAUUGUUUCAGAUGGUGGCAUUGUUGAAGCAACAAAAGUCAUGAAUCCUAAACUUCCUUCCAAAAAUAAAUUAGCUAUUCAGAUGGAGCUUCUUGCUAUAAAAAAGAAAGCCCUAGCCUUAAGAAGGGAAGGAAGGUUGGAUGAGGCAGAAAAAGAAUUGAAUAAAUGCAAGGACCUAGAGCAUCAGCUUGAACAAGCGGCUGAUGCUUCAAGGGGGAACGGCACAGAGGUGGGUGCUGGUUUUGGUAGUAAGGAUCCACAUUUGCUCUCUAAGCACGUCAAUGGAAAUUUGGUAGAUGUGGAAGUGGUAGAUGUAACAGAUCAGGAAAUGCAUGACCCUGAAUAUCUUUCCGUUCUUAAGAAUUUAGGUUGGAAUGACAAAGAUGAUGAAUUGGUCCCUUCAAAGACCUCCAAACAAGAUGAUUUGCUUCCUGUGCAACCAAGUGAGUCAUCUGAAAAUCAUGCUCCUAAAAGUUCAGUUAGGCCACUAAGAAGAAAGACCGAAGUCCAGAGAGAACUUUUGGGCUUGAAAAGAAAGGCUCUAACUCUUAGACGCCAAGGGGAGACUGAGGCAGCAGAUGAAGUGCUGCUAAAGACAAAAGCCUUAGAGGCAGAGAUGGAGGAGAUAGAAAAUAGGGAUAGAAUUAGGACUGAAUUUAGUGGGAACGUAGAGAACAUUCACAAAGCCCCUUCUGGAAGGGUGGUCGAGGAAGGUGAUGAUGGUGAUGUCACGGAGGAAGAUAUGAACGACCCGACCUUACUAUCUGUUCUACAGAAUUUGGGAUGGAAUGGUGAUGAGGUUCAACCUUUAAAUGAGCAAGUCAAGCCAGUUAAAGGGGAUGCAAAACCAACUGUUAACCAAUCAUCUUCUUCAAUCAAUGUUGCUGCACCCCGAAGUAGAAGUGAAAUUCAGAGAGAGAUUUUAAAUUUGAAGAGAAAGGCACUCUCCCUUAGAAGGAACGGAGACAUUGAUGAUGCUGAAGAAAUCUUGAGAAGGGCAAAGAUGUUGGAGAUCGAAAUGGGCGAAAUGGAUGCUCCAAAGCCAACAGUUGUGCUUGAUGCUACUGAGGAUGUCAAGUCUAAAGUUUUUGAAGCAUUGAAAGGAGAUGAAAUGCACGACCAUGUACAGGAUGUGGAGGAGGUAAGCAAUGGAUCAGAACAAGUUGCAGUGGGUCUGAAGGACGAAGUACCAGAUCUUUCUAUGGGAUUAAAAUUUCCAAAAGGUGAUUCAGCUCACUCCCGUUUGCAGAAUUUUGACCAGUCUGACCACUUAAAUUCUAAGCAGCGCCAAGCCUCGGUUAGAGAAUUGGGUUCUUCAGGUGGAAAUAAUGUUCUGGAAGGUAAGAAAACUGCUGAAGCUUUUAGUUGCACUCAUCAACCCGAUGUGAAUGUGAAUACAUAUUUGACAGGAAAUAAUCGGAUUCCUCAUGUAGGUAAAGGACAGAAAGAUGCUCUAUCAAUCCCUCAUUCCAAUGUUUUGUCUAAUGCUGGCCCUUCCACAGAGUACGGAUUCCAGUCAAUUUCUACUGCUCCAAACAAAGAUCAUUUCAGUAUUGGAAAGCAAGACAAUGUAGUUCACUAUGAUGGAAAACAACGUAGUCAAGCAGACAGCUCUUCUCAGGACUCUUCUCAGAACAGCGAAAGUUCCCUACGCCAAGAAGUUUUGGCUCGCAAGAAGAAGGCUCUUGCAUUGAAGAGGGAGGGAAAACUGUCAGAAGCUCGAGAGGAACUUCGUCAGGCAAAGUUUCUGGAGAAAUCACUCGAGGAAAACAAUGGUCAGCUUCAACUUAAUUCAAAAAGCUUGUCAAUUUCCACCAUCAAUGUACCAUCACCAGACCGAAAGGAGUAUAUACCAUCAAUCGUGGAACAGAAACCAUCGCCUGACCGAAAGCAAUCUAGCGCAUCAACUGGGGAACAGAAACCAUCACCUGACCGAAAGCAGUCUAGCCCAUCAAAUGUGGAACAGAAACCAAUGUCUGCUCGUGAUCGCUUCAAGUUGCAGCAGGAGUCACUCAAGCACAAGCGACAGGCAUUGAAAUUUCGUAGAGAGGGUCGAACACAAGAGGCCGAAUCAGAGUUUGAAAAGGCCAAGGCAAUUGAGACUCAGUUAGAACAGUUAACUGGCUCCACAAAAUCAUCUAUAGAUGGAGAAGAACAUGCAGGAGAUGUAAGUGUUGAGGAUUUUCUCGAUCCUCAACUGCUCUCUGCCCUGAGAGCUAUUGGUUUGGAAGAUCCAACUCCGAGCAAAUCUCAGGAUCAAGAAGUAUCAAAGCCUCCAAGGGUCAGCACUGAUAAGAAGGAAAAUACAGACUCAGAAAGAAGUCAACUGGAGGAACGUAUCAAGGCAGAAAAGGUGAAAGCAGUGAACUUUAAACGUUUGGGAAAGCAAGCUGAGGCCUUAGAUGCUUUGCGGCGAGCCAAACUCUUUGAAAAGAAGUUGAAUUCGUUGGUAUCAAAUUGAGAUAUGUUAAACCUUAUCUUAUGCUUCUUUUCUGCUUAGCCUAUAUGAUUAACCUGCCUUGAAAGCAAAUUGUGCGAGAUAUUGAAUGCCUUUUUCAAUUAUUUUUUCAUAUAGGUCCACUGUCAUUCGAAAAUGUAUUAUCAUAAAACUCAAUUAUCUUGCUA